GAGCCCAACCCCCUUUUUUUUUUUAAAGUGAGGCGAUGUCGUAUCUUAGCAACCGACAUCAACAAAAAAGAUGGAAGUCAAAAUAACGACCGAGCGAGAGAAAGAAGCCGCCGCUUACCUGGAAAAACACAAAAUCUUCGACCUGAUGAAAAACCUCACCAGCAUGCUCUUCUUUUAUAGACCCGAUGAUCCGAAAGAGUUUCUCAUCGAAAAACUGGAACAGCUAAAACAAGCUCGAGAUCGUGGCCAAAAAGCGCCCAGUCUGCUCAGCCAUUCCAAUCUGGACGCAGCCUUUGGAAUAGUGGACCCAGCCAAUGAAAGAUAUGUCACAUUUGGACAAUACAAACAGGCGCUCAUCUCAUUGGGCAUGAAAGACAUCAACGAGUGUCCUGACGGUGUAAACGAUGACAAAAUAUCCUAUGAUACUUUCAUAACAGAAGGGAUGGUAAGCCUGGAGAAAUGCUCAGCGACAUACAAACAACCUUAAACUUGAAUGUUUACUGAUACUAUGUCCAUAAUAUUUUAUGUGCAACUUUAUGUUGUCAUCCAAAGUAGGCAUUUUGGAGUGAUGUGCUUUUUAAAUGUAGUUAUAUUUGUAUUGUUAUGAAUUUUUGUAAUGGGGUUCCAUUUUCUGGUUUGAAACAGACUGAUAAGACUUUAUAACAUCUGCUCGAGAUGCAAUUUUUGUCGCAGAAAGAAGAUGGAUUAUACAGAAUAUAAAUGUGUACACUAGUACAAUGGGAUGAUUUACAGUAUAUUUAUGGAAUUGCGGUAUGUAUCAACACUCGUGCAAAUAAAUACAUUCUGAUUUAUUUUA